AUGUCAGGCAUGCGCAUUGCGGUUUCAACUACUGACAUCCAGAUAGACUGGUUCAUCAUUGGCACACUGUGCUCGGAAUUCAUUCUCAUCGCUCGAACAUACGCCCUCUGGCAUUGCGAGAGGGCUAUUAUUUACUUUGUUCUCUUCGGGGUCAGCAUCAUGAUUCCACAUUCCUUCUAUGUUGCGUACGAUAUGCUCCGUUCCAACUUGGAAUCAUUUUCCGUCAAGGGACCAAUUGUUCACGUGUUCGGCUGUAUGGUUGCUAUUGACGAUCUUGGUUGCUGGCCGGCGUUCGUGUACUUGAUGUGUGGAGAACUUAUGGUCAUCUUGCUGACAUUGCUCAAACGCUAUGUAGACCCUGUGACAUUCGCUGACACCAGAUCAUAUUCGAGCAUUCUACUCUAUACGAUCUACCGAGACGGAACCUGGUUUUGGGCAAUCGUUCUGGUGUUCUCUAUCGCUAAUUUGCUCGUAAUGUUCCUCGCCCCAAGGGAGCUCAACUUCUCCAUGCAGCAGUAA